AUGAGGUCAGGUUGCCGAAGCCAGAACGCCACUUUUGAAGUUCAAGAUUACUCAAAAGUUCAUGUCUCGGUAAGAAUUAUUUGGUAAGGUCCGAUAUUUUCGUUACAGUAAAUUGAUGGCCUAAGACCAAGGAAAAUUCUUGUUCUUAGUCUGCAGUCUGCAUUUUGUAUUGACCAAAUUAAUAGCAGUUGAGUUUAAAUAUCAAAUGUUUUUUUAGCCGUUAUGGCUCUUUUCCCUUCGCAGGUGGUUGACUUAAGUAUGUCCUUAUAGACAAAGCUAGACUCAGGCACAGUGACCCACCCACGAUGGUUACUAGAUGUGACCUGAUGAAGCGAGGAUGGCGAUGAAAUGGGUGUGAUUGUGACGUAGAAGGAGGGGUGGAUGAAUGACCUGUGGAUGACAAAGGUGCUGAAUGAAAUGAUAUUGGUGAGGCAGAUGGGAUAGGUGAAUCUACUGCUGUGGAUGCUAAAACUAUUGAUGGUGAGGAUGGUGGUGAGGUAGAAGACCAUGGGAUUGGUGAAUGUGUUGAUAGUACUGUUGCCGAUGCUGAUGAUGUUGAUGAAGAGGCGGAUGUGAUGGGUGAAUGUGCUAGUGUUGCAGAUGUUGUUUGUGAGACAGAUGGGAUGGAAUGUGAUUUUGUACUUUUAGAUUUUUUAGUUUUACGUUUACUGACGUCGUUACUGGUAGUCGUACAGGUGGUAGUUGUUUUCCAUGAGAGAGCCUUUCUUUUUUCCACAAAAAUUCUGUUCCCACCUGCAAAAAAA